GGAGGGAGGGAAGGGGCCGCGGCUGACGGGUUCCGGUGUCGGGCGCGGACGUGUCGGCCGGGGCCGCGGAACCGGAGGCGCUGCCCCUGCCCCGUCGGAACAGCGCCCGGCCCGGCGCCGCCAUGUCCGGGACCAGCAGCCCCGAAGCCGUGAAGAAACUGCUGGAAAACAUGCAGGGAGACCUGCGGGGCCUGAGCCUGGAGUGCAGGAAAAAAUUUCCUCCCGUCAAGGAGGCUGCUGAAUCAGGAAUAAUAAAAGUGAAAACAAUAGCUGCACGGAACACUGAUAUUUUGGCAGCAUUGAAAGAGAACAGCUCAGAGGUAGUUCAGCCUUUUCUCAUGGGUUGUGGAACAAAGGAACCAAAGAUCACUCAGCUGUGUCUAGCAGCCAUACAAAGACUCAUGUCCCAUGAAGUUGUUUCAGAGGCUGCAGCAGGAAACAUUAUAAAUAUGCUUUGGCAACUGAUGGAAAAUAGUCUUGAAGAACUUAAAUUACUUCAGACAGUUCUUGUUCUUUUAACAACCAAUACAGUUGUUCAUGAUGAAGCACUAUCCAAGGCAAUUGUACUUUGUUUUCGAUUGCACUUCACAAAAGAUAAUAUCACGAAUAACACCGCAGCAGCUACAGUACGACAGGUAGUUACUGUGGUAUUUGAGAGAGUGGUUGCUGAAGAUGAACGAUACAAAGACAUUAUUGAACAGCCAGUUGCAGUUCAAGGAAAUAGUAACAGAAGAUCUGUCAGUACACUGAAGCCAUGUGCUAAAGAUGCAUAUAUGCUUUUUCAGGAUCUUUGUCAGUUAGUUAAUGCCGAUGCUCCUUACUGGCUUGUUGGUAUGACAGAAAUGACCCGAACUUUUGGCCUUGAACUUCUCGAGUCAGUCCUGAAUGACUUUCCACAAGUGUUUUUACAACAUCAGGAAUUCAGUUUUCUUCUUAAAGAAAGAGUAUGCCCUCUCGUUAUAAAGCUCUUCUCCCCAAAUAUAAAAUUCAGACAAGGUUCUAGCACAUCAUCUUCCCCAGCACCAGUGGAAAAACCAUAUUUCCCCAUCUGUAUGCGCUUGCUGAGAGUAGUUUCUGUUUUGAUUAAGCAGUUUUACAGUUUGCUGGUGACGGAAUGUGAAAUAUUUCUGUCAUUGCUGGUUAAGUUUCUGGAUGCAGACAAACCACAGUGGCUAAGAGCUGUUGCAGUAGAAUCUAUUCACAGGCUUUGUGUGCAGCCUCAGCUAUUAAGGUCCUUUUGUCAGUCCUACGAUAUGAAGCAACAUUCCACUAAAGUUUUCCGGGACAUUGUGAAUGCACUGGGUUCCUUCAUCCAGUCACUAUUUCUUGUACCAAGUGCAGGGAAUACAUCAGUGACACCAAACCAAACUGGAAGCAAUGCGUCAGGGAGCACUGGAUCAGCACAGCCAAACCCAGGAGUGCUUGGAAUGGGAGGUGGUGCGACUGUAUUACCUGCCUUUGAAUACAGAGGUACUUGGAUACCUAUCCUGAAUGUAACAGUACAAGGCAGUGCUAAAGCUACCUAUUUGGAAAUGCUGGACAAAGUAGAGCCACCUACAAUUCCUGAAGGCUAUGCUAUGUCUGUGGCAUUUCACUGUUUACUGGAUCUUGUCCGUGGUAUCACUACCAUGAUUGAAGGAGAGUUGGGAGAGGCAGAAACAGUCAGUCAAAGCGCAACAGAGGCAACUUCAUUACCAGCACAGCCUUCAGAGCGGCAAGACUUACAGUCUCUGUCUGACCAGUCAGACAAAGAACUAGUUAGCAGAGCUGUCUGGGAAGAAAUGGUGAAUGCCUGCUGGUGUGGUCUUCUUGCUGCAUUGUCUCUCCUGCUUGACGCAAGCACUGAUGAAGCUGCUACCGAAAAUAUUUUAAAAGCAGAAUUGACUAUGGCUGCACUCUGUGGAAGACUGGGUCUUGUAACAUCAAGAGAUGCCUUUAUCACUGCCAUUUGCAAAGGAUCCUUACCUCCUCACUAUGCUCUUACUGUAUUAAAUAGCACAACUGCAGCUCUGUCCAGCAAAUCAUAUUCCAUUCAGGGACAGAAUGUUCAAAUGAUCAGUCCCUCAAGCGAGUCUCAUCAGCAAGUUGUGGCAGUGGGACAGCCCUUAGCUCUUCAGCCACAAGGAACAGUUAUGCUGACUUCAAAAAAUAUCCAGUGUAUGAGGACAUUGCUCAACUUAGCACACUGCCAUGGGGCUGUUCUUGGUACAUCAUGGCAACUUGUCUUGGCUACUCUUCAGCAUCUUGUGUGGAUUCUGGGGCUGAAACCUGGUGUUGGGGGUGCCCUAAAACCUGGAAGAGCUGUAGAAGGGCCCAGCACGGUUCUGACCACAGCAGUUAUGACUGAUUUACCAGUUAUAUCCAACAUACUAUCAAGACUUUUUGAAAGCUCACAGUAUCUUGACGACGUAUCUUUGCAUCACUUAAUAAAUGCCCUUUGUUCCUUGUCUCUGGAAGCCAUGGAUAUGGCCUAUGGAAACAAUAAGGAACCAUCCCUUUUUGCCGUUGCUAAAUUACUGGAAACGGGACUAGUUAACAUGCAUAGGAUUGAGAUUCUUUGGAGACCUCUGACGGGUCAUCUUCUGGAGGUCUGUCAGCAUCCCAACUCCAGAAUGAGAGAAUGGGGAGCAGAAGCUUUAACUUCUCUUAUUAAAGCAGGACUGACAUUCAGCCACGAUCCUCCAUUAUCACAGAAUCAGAGACUGCAGCUACUUUUACUGAAUCCACUCAAGGAACUGUCAAACAUUAGUCAUCCUGAUAUCAGGAUCAAGCAGUUGGAGUGUGUGCUACAGAUUUUACAGAGUCAGGGUGACAGCUUAGGACCUGGUUGGCCAUUAGUCCUUGGAGUCAUGGGAGCAAUACGAAGUGAUCAAGGAGAGUCCUUAAUACGGACUGCAUUCCAGUGUCUUCAGUUGGUUGUGACCGACUUUCUUCCAACAAUGCCAUGUACUUGUCUGCAGAUAGUUGUUGAAGUUGCAGGAAGCUUUGGUCUUCACAAUCAAGAGCUAAAUAUUAGCUUAACUUCAAUUGGUUUAUUGUGGAAUAUUUCAGAUUAUUUUUUCCAAAGAGGUGAAAUAAUUGAAAAGGAACUUAACAAAGAAGAAGCAGUGUUGCAGAAGCAGGCAGAAGAAAAGGGGGUGGUUCUGAAUAGACCUUUUCAUCCUGCACCACCAUUUGACUGUCUUUGGUUAUGUCUCUAUGCCAAACUUGGAGAACUUUGUGUGGAUCCCCGACCUGCAGUUAGAAAGAGUGCUGGGCAGACGUUGUUUUCCACCAUUGGAGCUCAUGGAACUUUGUUGCAGCACUCAACGUGGCACACGGUGAUAUGGAAGGUUUUAUUUCACCUGCUGGAUAGGGUUCGAGAAUCUUCUACUACAGCUGACAAAGAAAAGAUUGAAUCGGGAGGAGGCAACAUCCUCAUCCAUCAUUCAAGGGAUACAGCUGAGAAACAGUGGGCUGAAACAUGGGUAUUAACACUGGCUGGAGUUGCAAGAAUAUUUAAUACCCGGAGAUACUUACUGCAGCCUUUAGGAGACUUUUCCCAGGCCUGGGAUGUUCUUCUUGAUCACAUUCAGUCAGCGGCACUCAGCAAAAAUAAUGAAGUUUCCUUGGCUGCUCUGAAAAGCUUCCAGGAAAUCUUACAAAUUGUUUCUCCAGUCCGAGACUCGGAAAAGCCUGACACACCACCUGCUAUCAAUGUUUCUGUACCUGUGGUGGUAGGAGCGACAACUGCCACUAGUCUCGGGAGAUCAUUCAUGAGAACUGACUCCAUAGGAGAAAGAAUGGGAAGAUACAAUGGAUCUGAACUACCUGUAGUAACAGAUGAGAUUGAAGAUUUGAAUCUUUGGUGGGCAGCUUGGAACAGCUGGUAUAGGAUUGGUUCAGAAAGUACAAAGCCUCCAAUUACUUGUGAUAAAUUGACUUUCAUUCCCAGCCAGCCUUUUCUUACAGCUUUAAUUCAGAUAUUCCCAGCUCUUUACCAACACAUCAAAACUGGUUUCAGCAUGGAUGAUCUCCAAAAGCUGGGUGUCAUUUUGCAUGGUGCAGUUUCAGUUCCAAUCAGUUCAGAUGCUUCCCCUUUCAUCCUUCCAUCUUACACUGAAGCAGUUCUGACAAGUUUACAGGAAGCAGUGCUUACAGCUUUAGAUGUUUUACAAAAGGCUAUAUGUGUGGGCUCAGAAAAUAUGCAGAUAAUGUAUCCUGCAAUCUUUGACCAGCUGUUGGCCUUUGUAGAAUUUUCAUGCAAGCCUCCACAGUAUGGACAGCUGGAAACAAAGCACAUUGCAAAUGCAAAGUAUAAUCAGGCGGAAUGGGUAGCAUUGAAUUAUGUGCCAUUUGCUGAGAGAUCGUUGGAAGUGGUUGUGGACUUGUACCAAAAGACAGCUUGCCAUAAAGCUGUUGUAAAUGAGAAAGUUCUUCAGAACAUUAUUAAGACACUGAGAAUACCACUUAGUCUGAAAUAUUCCUGUCCUUCUGAAAGCACAUGGAAGCUAGCUGUUUCCUCUCUUCUCAAAGUACUUUCUAUUGGACUACCAGUAGCAAGGCAGCAUGCAUCUUCUGGAAAAUUUGACAGCAUGUGGCCGGAGUUAGCCAAUACAUUUGAAGACUUUUUAUUCACUAAAAGUGCACCUCCUGAUAAUCUCUCAAUCCAAGAAUUUCAGAAGAAUGAGAGUAUUGAUGUUGAGGUGGUGCAGCUUAUUAGUACAGAGAUACUGCCAUAUGCUAAUUUUAUUCCUAAGGAAUUUGUUGGUCAAAUAAUGACUAUGCUCAAUAAAGGCUCGAUACACUCUCAGUCAUCUUCGUUUACAGAAGCAGAAAUAGAUAUUCGGUUGAGAGAGGAGUUUUCUAAGGUGUGUUUUGAAACACUGCUCCAGUUUUCAUUCAGUAACAAAGUCACAACUCCUCAAGAAGGCUACAUCUCUAGAAUGGCACUUUCUGUGCUCUUGAAAAGGUCACAGGAUGUAUUACAUCGCUACAUAGAAGAUGAGAGGUUGAGUGGCAAAUGUCCUCUUCCACGGCAACAAGUAACAGAAAUCAUAUUUGUUUUAAAAGCUGUCAGUACUCUCAUAGACUCACUUAAAAAAACUCAGCCUGAAAAUGUUGAUGCUAACACAUGGGCACAAGUUAUUGCCUUGUACCCGACUUUAGUAGAAUGUAUCACCUGCUCCUCCUCGGAAGUGUGCUCUGCUCUGAAAGAGGCACUAGUUCCCUUUAAGGACUUCAUGCAUCCACCAGCAUCCAAGGUGAAGUUUCUCUGAGAAAAUCUCUUGUGGCUAGUACUUGGCAACCAAUGCUGACUGCCUUUUAAUUGUACUAACAAGAGCUCAGUAAUUCAUGAAUACAAGCUAUAUCUCAAAGGUUCCAGAGUGAGUAGCAGUGCAAACGUUUAAUAAUUUUAACUGAGUAGUUGGAAUCAUUUAUAAUCUAAUGUACUUGCUACAGUAUCUUGAAGUGGUGAUUGAAAAGUGGGCUUAUGUACAGCUUGUUGUGUAUGUGUUAAUGAUGUAAUUAAAAAUAUUUCAAUUCAGUCAGAUUUAUUAGGCUGGUGUUUUGCACCCUUUUUUUGAAGUACAAACUGUACUAAAAUUUUAUGCAAGAUGGUACUGUAACAUUCCAUAUAUCUGUAACCAGCCUUUGUAAACAAAGGGAACUGAAAUACUUGUGUGUAUAAUAAAUGGUACAGUUCUGUAUAAAAUAGUUGCAUUUAUUAUUUAAAUUCUUUUUAAAAUAUUGAUAAUGUUAAAUGCUUGAAAAAGUAUUUAUUAUAAGUUGUAUGCUUGCAUUUUUACUUACAGUUUGCCUUCUAAAUUGCCAGAUAUGCUUGUCCAUAUCUGAUCAUGUUAUGAGUUUUUUGCUUAAUUGAAUGUAUCUUCUCUUUGGCCAUUGGACAUCUAAAUGAAGAGGUCAUAUGACAAGAUUGCAGCAAGCAGGCAGUAGCCUACUGAUCUCAAACGUCAAAGUAGUUGACCUGGAAUAGGUUUGAAUAUGCAGAAAUCCACUGUAGCACUUCAACACUACCAUACCUCACUUCAUAAUAUAUUUGUUUUGAAAUGUUUGUUAUACUCAACUCUAUUCAUUUUUGUAGUUGCAGCCUUGCUUUAAAAAGUAUAUACUUGAGGGUCGUUAGUCUUUUUUGACCUUACUUGCAGGUAUCAUAGUCUUUGAGUCAUGACCCAAGAAAGGGGAUUUCAAAUAUCUGAAAUACUUGGCUGUAAUACUUUGUUCAGUAAUUUUAAGUGCUUUGUUUUGUAAUGUCUUUUAAAUCCAAAUUGUUCUAACCUUUUAAUUAUAAACUCUCUGAUAUAAAACCAUGAGAAGUGUAUUUUUGAAGAUAGCUACUUGUUUAGAAGUUCAGUAAAACUUUCAUUAAGUAAA